AUGAACAGCAAGCACUCUCACUCCGACGUUGAAGUUAGGAAGGCCAAUGCUUCUAAUACUGCCAUCGAUGAAGAAUCGCCGCUUCUUGCUCACACCCAGGCAAGGUCGACCCUUACCCAACACUCUCACGAUACCGAGACUGCACCCACCGACGAAGGGCCUUCCACUAGAUAUCUUGCCAUUGUUUUCGGCAGUGUGUUUAUCGGUGUCUUUCUCGCUGCACUCGACACUACCAUAGUCGCCACUCUUUCGGUGCCCAUAUCCGACUGCUUCGGCUCACUGAACCUUGUGUCAUGGCUCGGAUCAUCCUACCUCAUUGCAAAUGCAGCUUGCCAGCCGCUGUCGGGGCGGUUAACCGACAUUUUCUCGCGCCGCUCCGGACUACUCGUGUGCAACAUACUCUUCGGCAUCGGAACUCUAGCGUGUGGUCUUGCCACAUCCAAAUGGGUACUCCUUGCUGGCCGUAUUGUGGCAGGAACGGGUGGCGGUGGGCUGAAUGCUAUUGUGGCAUUUUUGGCUAGCGACUUUGUACCUCUCCGAAAACGAGGAGUUAUUCAAGGCUUCGUCCACAUCUGCUACGGUGUUGGCGCUGGCCUUGGAGGCUUGUUUGGUGGCUGGCUGAACGACUUAUGGGGUUGGAGAGCUGCUUUUCUCAGCCGUGUGCCACUGAUUGUCCUCUCUACCAUACUCGUCUUCUUCACCCUCAGAAAUGCCCCAUCUAAGCAAAAAGACACUGACAAAUCGAAGCUGUCGAGAGUGGAUUUCUUAGGAGCUUUCACUCUGUCUUUGACUCUGGUUCUCCUACUACUGGCUCUUAAUUCCGGUGGUAACAUUGUGCCAUGGAACCACCCACUUGUUUUUGUUUCCGCCUCAUUAUCGAUUGUGGCUGCAGUCUCGUUCACCUUUGUUGAGACAAGAUGGGCUGAGGAGCCUAUCAUUCCGAUGCAUCUACUCCGGAACCGAUCGGUUCUGUCCGCCUGCAUGAUGAACUGCCUCGUAACCAUGAUUCUAUUUAUGGCUACUUUCUACGUCCCGAUAUUCUUCCAGGUCAAUGGCCUUUCUACCUCGGCUUCCGGGUUGCGGCUGGUGCCGCAGAGCAUCGGGACUUCAGUCAGCUCUCUUGCCUGCGGCUUCAUCGUGAAACGUACGGGGAAAUACAGGACCUUGGGUCUGGUGGUGAUUGCGUCCUCUGCUUUCGGCUUCAUCGGGCUGAGCACUAUGACUGUUGAGACCUCCACGAUUCUAACACUUGUGUAUAUUCUACUCGUUGGAGUGGGCUACGGCGGCAUGAUGUCCAUCUCGGUCAUUGCCACGGUCGCAGCCGUGUCACCCGAUGAGCAAGCUGUUGCCACCUCGGCUAUCUAUGCUUUCCGAUCAACGGGGUCCACGGUUGGUGUUACUAUUGCAUCAGUUAUAUACCAGCACCUGCUCCAACAGGGUCUCCACCAACGAUUCGACACCGAGAGGGGAUCCUCGGAGGUAAUAGAACGUAUUCUCAAAUCACUGGAUGAGCUAAAGCAUCUUCCUGAAGGAUGGGAUAAAGGUGUUUAUGAGGCCUAUGCUGUGGCACUACGAGGAGUAUUUGUGAGCGGUCUAGGCCUGGCGGUUCUUGGGUUGGUCGCUACAAGUCUUCUGAAAGAGCAUCGCCUGCAUCAUACCUUGUCUCGGGCAGACCAUGAUUGA